AUGGAAGCGGCUAACCUCUCUGUGGCCACUACCGGCGUCGCUCUUCCCCUGGGACCCGAGGCCUGCAGCAGCAGCAGCAGCCCAAGCCCGGGCGGGGUGGCGGGAUCAACCCCAGGCGGCCCCUCCCUGCCUGGCCGAGAGCCUCCCUUCUCCGUCUUCACCGUGCUGGUGGUGACGCUGCUGGUGCUGCUGAUCGCUGCCACUUUCCUGUGGAACCUGCUGGUUCUGGCCACCAUCCUGCGAGUCCGCGCCUUCCACCGUGUGCCGCAUAACUUGGUGGCCUCGACGGCCGUGUCGGACGUGCUAGUGGCCGCGCUGGUGAUGCCCCUGAGCCUGGUGAGCGAGCUGUCUGCUGGGCGACGGUGGCUGCUGGGCCGGAGCCUGUGCCACGUGUGGAUCUCCUUCGACGUGCUGUGCUGCACCGCCAGCAUCUGGAACGUGGCGGCCAUCGCCUUGGACCGCUACUGGACCAUCACGCGCCACCUGCAGUACACGCUGCGCACCCGCCGCCGCGCCUCGGUGCUCAUGAUCGCGCUCACCUGGGCGCUUUCCGCGCUCAUCGCCCUCGCGCCGCUGCUCUUUGGCUGGGGCGAGGCGUACGACGCUCGGCUCCAGCGCUGCCAGGUGAGCCAGGAACCCUCCUACGCCAUCUUCUCCACCUGCGGCGCCUUCUACCUGCCGCUGGGCGUGGUGCUAUUUGUCUACUGGAAGAUAUACAAGGCGGCCAAGUUUCGCUUCGGUCGCCGCCGCAGGGCUGUGCUGCCGCUGCCCGCCACCGUGCAGGUGAAGGCGGCACCUCAGGAGGCAGAGAGGAUGUUCACGGUGCGUGGGCCCCAGGGGUCCUUGCAGACGAGCGGAGACUCGGGGCGGGAGCAGAAGGAGAAGCGGGCGGCGGUGAUGGUGGGUGUUCUCAUCGGCGUGUUUGUGCUGUGCUGGAUCCCCUUCUUCCUGACGGUGCUCAUCAGCCCCCUCUGUGCCUGCAGCCUGCCCCCCAUCUGGAAGAGCAUAUUCCUGUGGCUUGGCUACUCCAAUUCCUUCUUCAACCCCCUGAUUUACACAGCAUUUAACAAGAACUACAACAAUGCCUUCAGGAGCCUUUUCACCAAGCAGAGAUAAACCCAGGGCUUGGAGAGACACGUGGGUAGGGUCGUCGGGAGGGAACCGGAACUCUUCCCCUUCACCAGUGGUCUGGGCAGGAACCUUCCCCCGACAGCUGAGCAUCAAUGGUGUUUGGGAACCAUCCCAUCUCGGCCUGGAGUGAAGGAGCCAAAGGUACAUCUUUUCUCUCUGGCCCAGAUUAACCUGACACCACCGAAAUAUUCUAAGAGGUAACUGUAUUAAAAUUGUGCAAAGAAA